AUGCGGAUGAUCUUGAGGUGUUUUUGUCUUCGCCAGAAGAGUGGUCUGUUGUUGUCUGUUCUUGAUCUGUAUGGCCGAGCAUCUAAUGCGAAAGUCAAUAUCAGCAAGACAGUGUUGGUGUCGUUGUCUGGUGUGUCCCACUCUGCUUGGGUUGCUUUGGCUGAUUCUACUGGUCUCCAGUGGCAUGACGCUCACUCUCGUGGUGCAGUACGUUACUUGGGUUAUCCCUUGUAUCAUACUGAAAGUCAACUUCAAGACUAUCUUGAUGGUGUCUUGGUGAAGGUCCAGCGACACAGUAACUUGUUGAAACAAAGGAAUCUCUCCAUUAGGGGAGCAGGACUAGUGGCUAACUCGUUACUGUUGUCAAAGGUAUAUCAUUUGUUGCGUGUUGUUCCUGGUGGUGCUACUACUGCGUCGUGGUUGAAGUCUCUCACUACGGUGGUCCGUGAGUAUCUGGUGUCCUUUCGCCCUGGUGUUGCUUGGUCUACUUUGUGUCUCCCCCGCAAGUUUGGUGGUGUUGGUCUCGUGGAUAUAGCAGAUCAAAGCUUAGCUUUGCAUCUUGUCUAUUUGCAACGUUUGUUGCGUCCACCCUCUCCCAGUGAUUUUGUCUCCUCUUGGUUGGUGUAUGCUUUUCAAGUUUACACUGGUCAUAAGUCCAUCUUGCCGUGGUUUUGUUUUCCUGGUCUUUACCAGUCUCGUGUGUCUUCUGUGCCUGCUCUAACACAUCUUGGAAAGCUUCUGUUGAGAUUGCCAAAGUUAGUUCCUUCCUCUGGUUGGUCUGCUAGGUGGUUUCUUGAUCUUCCCUUGUGUUCUGUACUCAGUACUGUGCCUUCUGUUCGUCCUCCUCGUGAUCCAUCAUCUCUUGAUCCUCGUUUCUUGGUGUCGGAUGUCUCUUUCUGGCAACCUGAUCUAGGUAUAGUUGAUGGUGUCACCUCUCAUCUUGCUUGGUCAUCUCGUGUUUUGCGCCCUGUUUUUCUUGCCUUGAACCGUGAUCGUGGUCCUGUCUCUCUGGUAUUCCCGCCUGUCAUGGAUAAUUGUACACAUUGGACUGUCUCCAACUCGUCUCGUUCUGCUGCUCCGGUUGCUCGUCUCUCUCUUGGUGCUUUGCGAAGGUAUUGGCACCCUGCAAAGGGUACCAUUACCUCUCGUAUGGGUCCUCCCUUGAAGUUGCCUGCCCAUUUGUUGCUGUCUCCUGCUUUGUGGCGUCUUUUCUGGUCCCUGGAAAUGCCUGCAAAGGCUUUCACCACCUUGGUGGCGAUUGCUACAUGA